GGGAAUGCAAACUAGUUUAGUUUUUAUUAAGAUUUCUAAAUAUCCUCAUCAGAUAUUUCAGGGAUCACAGUGUAUGAGGAGCUGUAACGUUGGAGCUCUGCGCGGAGUUCUUGACUUUUGUCUCUUCGCGUCCACCGUACACAGCAGAAUCAAAAUGGCUGCCCCUGUGGACAACGAUCUGGUUGAACGUGAUUUGCCCAACGCGGUGAGCCUGCUGAAGAGUCUGACAGAGCAGGUUGCCUUGGUCACCAUUCAUGUCAGAGAGCUGCUGACUAAAGUCAAGGAUGGGACGUUUGAGACCUCAAAGGGUCUGUCUUUCUUGGACCUGCGGUAUCACCUGCUGCUCUUCUACCUCCAAGACCUCACUCACCUGAUCAGCCUGAAGACAGAGGGAGUGAAAAUGAAGGACAACGAAGCCUUGAACAGAGUGGUCACGAUAAGAACGGUCCUGGAGAAGAUGCGGCCGCUCGAUCACAAGCUCAAGUACCAGAUCGAUAAACUGGUGCGUACGGCGGUCACCGGGAGUCUGGCUGAAAAUGACCCGCUGCAGCUACGGCCCAACCCUGAGAACCUCAUGAGCAAGCUGAGUGAGUCUGAAGAGUCUGACGGUGAGGCGGAGGAUAAAACAGCCUCAGAGAAGAAAGCUGCACCCUUUGGAAGAAAAUACGUGCCUCCAAAGAUCGCUGCGGUGCAUUACGACGGGGACUUGACAGAAGCAGACAAGAAGAAGGCUCAGGCGGAGCGGCAGCGGCGGGCCGCUCUCAGAAGUUCUGUGAUCCAGGAGCUGAGGCAGCAGUACAGCGACGCUCCUGAGGAGAUCAGGGAGAAGAGAGACUUCCAGAGCGCGCGCGAGGGCCGAGAGGAGCUACACAGGAAACAUUAUGAGGAGUCCAUGAUGGUGCGUCUCAACAUGCCCAAAAAUCAGAGGAACUCCAAAAAGAGGGGCAUGGGCAUGUCGGGCCAGCUGAGUGGUAUCACACACUUCGGUGACAUCACAGCACUGACGGGCGGCGACGGAGGACAGGAUGGAGACAACUUUCGGCCCAAGAAGAAGAAGAAACUCAUGAAGAAGAAUACCAAAAGAAAAGCUUUCAGGAAGCAAAGAUAGACCUGAAGCACCGGGUCCAGGGAUGCAAGAGGAUCAGAGGAUCAUCAUCAUGUUGUUUAUAUCAAAGGAUUUAGUUAUCAAUAAGUCAGUGAAACUACAGUAAUGAAUCCCAGAUGACUUUUAGAAUGUUCAGUGUGUGUGAAUAAAGUUGACUUUGACUCCUGUA